ACCGUGACGUCUGCGAGUCGGCGUACUCUCGUGGAACAACUUUAAUGCUGCAAAGCAGCUCUUGUAUGGAAACAAACAAACAAAAAGUAAUCUUCUUUAAACACUGUAUUGAAAAACUCAAUACAGUUUGAAAAACCAUGCGCGAUACAACCUCGUGUGUCAGUCACGGGAAGACGCUUUAUUUUACGCUCAGCAGUUGAGAGAUGAACACGUUUGCUCAUUUUACAAAUUAAAAGUUAAUGUAAGAUGUCCAUCAGACGCGUCUGAUAAAGCUGAAUGACUUUUCUACAGACGACAUCCAGGUCAGUGGCAGAUGAGGAAGUAGCGAUCUGACUGUAGAUGGACAGGAUAUGAGACACAGAGCUCAUGAAAGUUUGUUUAUAACCCCGAGACCACAUUUGGAUUGAUAAAGCGAAAUAGUGUCAAGCACAAAGACUAACUGUAACCAUCCCAUAAGACCCAUCGCCAUGACAACCUCAGCACCAAUCAGAUUCCGUGUCUUCUCUCUCAACUGCUGGGGGAUCCGAUACCUGAGUAAGAACUGCAAAGAGCGGUUUGUUUUGAUCGGAGACCUGCUGAGUCAGGAACAGCUUGAUAUAGUGUUACUACAGGAGGUCUGGUGUGAAAAAGACUUUCUGUUUUUAAAGAAGAAGCUUAGCAGCGUCUAUCCGUACUCCCAUUAUUUUAAAAGUGGAUUUAUCGGGAGUGGACUGGCUGUGUUUUCCAGACAUCGAAUCCAUGAUGCCUUUCUGUACAGAUACUCAUUAAAUGGAUAUCCAUACAUGGCUCAGCAUGGCGACUGGUUUGGUGGUAAAGCCGUCGGGAAGGUCUUGCUCAACAUCAGUGGGCUGAAGGUUCACGUAUUUGUCACUCAUCUGCAUGCAGAAUAUUGCAGAGAGAAAGACUCGUAUCUCCCGCACCGAGUGGUUCAAGUCUGGGAGCUGCAACAGUUCAUAAGGCACACUAGCGCUGGAGCGGACGUGGUGAUUCUGGGUGGAGAUCUGAACAUGCACCCGGACGAUCUCGGCACCAGACUGCUGAGAAACUACACAGGGCUUCAGGACAGCUUCAGUGAGACCGCUAACUUUGAUGGAUGUGAGGAGGGACACACUCAUAUAUCUGAAAACCCAUUCACAAACACAGAUGGGCUUGUUCCAUUUGGAGGAGGAGUCCGGAUAGACUACAUCCUGUUCAAGGGAUCAGGGGAAGUGGAUGUGAGCUGUGAGUCUUUGUCCACCACUAAGGGUCCUGUUCCUGGACAUCCGUUCCCUUACUCUGACCACGAGGCUCUCACGGCCGAGUUCCUGUUUACACCGACUACAAAGGGAAAUGGGUGCUCAGAGAGACAAUCUGGCUGUGUUUCAGAUAAGCUUCCUGAGCUGGUCAACACAGUCAAUGAAGCUCGUACUGAAGUAAAGGUGGGUCUCCACUGCGCUGAGCGCAUGCGCCACACUGCAGCACGUACAGGUAUUAUGGGCCUUGUCCUGUUGGUGCUUGAGCUAGCAAUCGCCGCUGUCCCGUUGUUUGCUCUGGGAACUGAACAGCCUUUUCCCAAAGCCUCUUUCUACCUGCUGGGGGCGCUGUGCUUUGCCGUCCUCCUCUCCACACUGAUGCUGUACGUCUUCUACAGCAUGGAGGUGAAGGCACUGCAAGGCUCUGAGGACCAGAUGAGACUGGCACUAAGUAGCUUUCAAGAACAGCUUAAGGAGUACCCCAAGGUUUUAUCCUCGGACCAUUUGCGAAAUCCACUAGAUAGCAAGGAUUCCGUUCAUUUGUAGCCAGAUAGUAAACCAAAUGUGACGUUUGAAUGGAAUUAGAACUUUUUAUGGAAUUAUGAAAAUCACUGUUUUAUCAUGUCUUAACUGAACACUUACCUGGUUUUAUUUAUUAUGCAGCUUUUUCACAUCGAUAUUGAGGAUACUUAUACCUGGGAGCAAAGAAACCAGAAAAUUAGACAAUAAGUUAGUAAAAUCAUUACUUGCAUGACAAAUCCACUUCACUUUACUUAAUUAUUUCAUAAUGGUUCUCAACCAGGGUCACAGAAUGACUUAAAAUUAUAUAAAAUUAUAUAAAAUUAAUAAAUAUAUAUGUAUAUAUAUAUAUCUCAGUAAAUAUGGUUAAUAUACACAUUAACAUUGUUAUUAUUAAUAAUUAUUAAUUUAAAUUAAUUAAAACUUAUUUAGUUAUCUAAAUGAAAAUGCUAACAAUACAUAAUCUCAGGAUGUAAACUGAAAUCAUAUUUUUCCCUUAUUUGAAGAGUAUACAGUUAACACACACACACACUAAUAUAAUAUAGUGUUAUAUAAUAGGGGCCUUCAAAUAUCAAAACUCAUAAAGGUUGAAAGCCACCGCUUUAGAAGAAUGGACCAGUAUGAAUGGCAUAUGACAUCUUAUAAUCACUUGCUAAUUGAAUGUUCUUUUCUUUGCUAACGUUUGUAAAUGGAGACCUGCUGGGCAGGUGUUUCUGUCCUUUAUUUGUUAAAUGUUUCCAAUCAUGAGUUUGUGAUGUUUUGUGCAUUUAUUGUGAAUUGGAUGGCUAACAGUUAAGGUUAUGUCCACGAUAAGACCAUUUUGAGAAACCAGAAGAAAUCUUCAGUUGUUUUCAGUUAAUGUUUGAGAAAGUCAAGCAGAGAAGAAUAAAACCAUGCAAUGUACUGUAACUACUAUUAGAUUGUUUGGUCAAACCACUCCAUAACUGUGUAUUUUCCUUUUGUUUAACCUGUCAACAACCUCAUGUAUUCUUUUAUAAAAAGAAUAAACAAUCA